CCCUCAUCGUUGAACAAUGACACUACCACAGAAGAUGUCGACGCUCUGGAAUCCCGUCAUUAACUUCCAGAGCGAGCUGCCUUGCUUAACUUUAAGCUCAGCAAAAAUUUGGAGCAUAAGUAGAAGAAACCCUUGGUACAACUCCGAUUCAUUGUGUUCUAUACAUCCCGAGAAAACCCAGUUGCGGUAUAAUCCUUGUUUGUCAAUGACUUCCUCCCCCGAGACGUCUGUGUUGGGCACCGGUAAAAAAUCGAAGGCAGUAUGGAUAUGGACGAAAAACAAACAGGUCAUGACGGCUGCCGUCGAAAGUGGAUGGGAUACUUUCAUUUUCUCGCCGCAGCAUCGACAGCUUGCCACUGACUGGUCAUCUAUUGCGGUAAUAUGUCCUCUAUUUAUCAGCGAGGGAGAGAUUCUGGAUGGCCAGAGUAACAGGGUUGCUACGGUUUUUGAUGUUUCAACUCCUGAUGAGUUAGAGCGACUUAGGCCUGAGGACGAGCAGGCAGAAAGUAUUGUAGUUAAUUUGUUAGAUUGGCAGGUAAUACCGGCAGAAAACAUAAUUGCAGCAUUCCAAAGCAGCCAAAAGACAGUGUUUGCUAUCUCCAAUAAUCCAUCUGAAGCUCAAAUCUUUCUUGAGGCACUGGAACAUGGGCUGGGUGGCAUAGUUCUGAAAGUAGAAGACGUUGAACCUCUUCUUAAGUUAAAGGAAUAUUUUGACAGAAGAAAAGAAGAGAGUAAUCUACUGAACUUGACCAAAGCCAGUGUCACACGUGUCCAUGUGGCUGGAAUGGGUGAUCGUGUCUGUGUUGAUCUCUGUAGCCUUAUGAGACCUGGUGAAGGACUUUUGGUUGGGUCUUUCGCUAGAGGACUAUUUCUUGUCCACUCAGAAUGUUUGGAGUCAAAUUACAUAUCAAGCAGGCCUUUCCGGGUGAAUGCAGGGCCUGUGCAUGCCUAUGUUGCUGUUCCAGGAGGAAAAACAUGCUACCUGUCAGAAUUAAAAGCGGGAAAAGAAGUGAUAGUGGUUAAUCAGCUGGGUCAACCACGAAUUGCAGUUGUUGGGCGUGUGAAGAUUGAGAAAAGACAACUAAUCCUUGUGGAAGCCAAGAGCCAUUCUGAUGAUCAGACUAUCUACAGCAUCUUUCUGCAGAAUGCGGAAACAGUGGCCUUGGUUGGUCCUUCCGAAGGAAACACACAAUCGAUCACAGCUGUUCCCGUGACCUCUCUUAAAGUCGGAGAUGAAGUUUUGUUGAGAGUACAAGGUGGGGCUCGCCACAUAGGAAUUGAAAUUCAAGAAUUUAUUGUUGAGAACUGAACUGAUAAACAUUACAUGGAAGAGAAGCGACGCCGUGUUGGAGAAGCAAGGGUUUCGUGAAGUCAGAAGCCACCACCCAGUGGACAGAACCCUCCUGAGCAUUGACGUGAAUUAAUUAGUGAAUUUUACCAAGCGAAAGUAGCUUGUUAUAGUGCUUGAUGAAGAGGCCAUGCUUGAUGUCCAAACAAGUCCAUGAAAUUAGACAGUUACAAUGGUCGUUCUCAUUUCAUUGAUCUAAUGGCUAGAUCAACAUUACAUGAUAGGCUAGCUUGAUAAAGGAAUUGAACAUCAACUUGAAAAUCAAAAUUGUAACUUUUUCAAAAUGAAAUGUGUGAGGAGCUUCGUGUGACUUUUAA